GGUAGCAAAAGACUGUAAAAUGCUUGCUCUCCCACAUCUCUGGGACGGCUCUCACUAGGACUAGUGAGAGCAUCUGGUACAGCGCAUCACAGCAUCACAGCUAUCACCGGAUAGCAUCACAGGAUAGUCCCUUCCCCCUUCGGCAAGGCUCAUAACACGGAUCGGACCGACCGGGAUUACUGCAGUCUUGGGCCUCUAUACUCCCCCUCGCCCUCGCCCUCGCCCUCGCCCACGAAUGAGAGAUCCCAGGCAAUCAUAUUCUAGCGCUAUCCCCCCCCCCCAUGAGGCUCUUCCAUUUUGAGGCUCUUAAACAACUAGAGACGCGGGGGAGAGAAAGCGGAGCCAGCAUCGCUUUUAGAGUUUUGAUAGGUCGUACAGGCCCACUAUCUCCAACGUCGGUCAUCAACGUCGAUACACCCUAGCGCCCCUAUAGCAAUGGGAAGUGCUUCAUCAAAAUUAUCUCGUGACAACGGCAAGUUGCUGGUUCGUGACCGGGGUACUCUUAUAUCUCCGUCAGCUGCUACCGAUAGCUCCGCAUACGAUUAUGAAUAUAUCCUCGACGACAUUGACGGCUGUAUCCAUGCCGCUGUUGCAGGCUUCCUUGAGAAAUUCUUCGACGGCAAAUCAUGGUCUCCAGCCACUCAAAAGGUCGUCUCGUCUGUGGACCUUGAUGAUUUCAAGACAAGCUCUUCAAAGAUAGAAUCGCCAAUCGAUUUGUGUCUAUUGCUACACGAAGUGUUGAAACUGAAUGAAAGGGGUGUGAUAUAUUGUCCAGUUCAGACACCGCCUAGCAAGUCGCCAUUACGUCCGAGUGGUGGCAUUGCCUUGUUCAGCGCCAUAACGGAGUCAGAACCACGAGCUGAAGUCGUUGGAGUAUUCCGCCCCGGAGGAGCUUCAGAUUACAAAGAUGGCCUUUUUGAACUUUUUGGUCAUGCUCGUGCAGUGUUUAGCAAACGACCAGAUCGUUCUUUCGUCCAUGGAUUUUAUCUCUUUGGGAAUACCAUGGAAUGCUGGAUGUUUGAUAGAUCUGGAGCCUACAGCUGCGAGCCGUUUAACACAACAGAGCAUCCAGAACGCUUCCUUACAAUCAUGGAUGCUUACGCUUCGAUGAGCGACCAGGAAUGGGGACGGAGCAACUUUAUCAAGGAGGACAGUGAAGGCACCUACGUUUGUGUAGAGGAUGAGAAAACAAAAGUACCAGGAAAGAUGUACCUCCAGACCCCACCAUUUUUCAUCAGAGACGAAGAGGUCAUUGCCAGGGGCAGCCUUUUGUGCCACAGAGGCAGGGAAUCUCCUGAUGCGCCAUGGAAUUUUGUGGUUAAGUAUAAGUGGAAGCCGCCAUGGCACGAACCAGAGGCAGAACAACUAAAAAGGGUCCGGGACAGGAAUGUCUGGGGGGUUGUUCAAUUCCAUAGCUACAAAGUUAUUGAUAAAACUGAGGACCUGCGAAGAGACCUAAUCUUUGGCCCACCACAACAGUUUAAGGAUACAGAAGCUGUAGAACAGACUGCAGAAUCAAACGAGACUAGUGCGGGGGCCGUCGGUGCGAAGGCUCUGCUUGAAACGUUUGAGGAAAACAGACCCAACCUCCCCAAGAGCCCUGGGUACCGCAGUACUGUAUUCAGCUGCUUGAUUAUUUCGCCCCCUGGUACUUCAAUCUUCGAUUACGCCAAUCUUCAUCAGCUUUUAGAGGUCUUCCGCGAUGCCAUCAAGGCCCAUCGAUCUCUGUAUCAAGAUGGCGGCAUACUCCACAGGGACAUUGCAGCAUCAAACAUAAUAAUUGCUCCUCCCACAACUUCGGCAGAGUCGCCAAAGGGCAUGCUUAUUGAUCUUGACACGGCCUGGGAUAUCUCUCGCGGUCCAACACCUCAAGGUUCUAUGGUAGGAACUUCGCCUUUCAUGGCUAUCGGCGCUCUUGAAGCAUACGUUCAGAAUAACCCGCGUACUUACCGCCACGACCUCGAGUCCUUCUUCUACGUUUUCCUUUUCAUCGCCAUAUGCCCACGCGAGGAAGACGGCACCAAAACCGAGGAACUGCCCGAGACAAGCCGGCUGUUGCAGUGGAGGCAGGACAAGCGACAGCAGGUGCGCAAGACCGCGGAUAUGGGCGAAAAGGGAUUUGAGGCUGUCUUGGAGGAGUUUUCGCCGGAAUUUGAGUGUUUGAAGGGGCUGGCAAGGAUAUUGAGGGGAAUUCUGUUUCCAUUGAAGGAUGGUAAGAUUUGGACUUGGACUGACAUGUCCCCAGAAGGGACAAAUAAGCUUUAUGAUGAUAUGACCGAGGCGUUUAAGGAUGCACUUGUUUCUAUUGUUGUUGAUGCAGAGCCUCGAUACCCAACGACAACUUCGAUUACUGAAAUAAAAGCGCCAGGGCUUAAUCUCUUAGCGUGGUUGUGGCUCCCGAAGAGAUAAACAUUCUAGUUUAAUAUAUCAUUUACAUAGGGGGGAGUUAUCAUUUCCAU